AAGGAAUGAUGGAUGAGAAGGGGGCGUAUUUCGUGAGACUGAGGAGCUAUGUCGUCGACUCGCUGAACAAAGAAGAGGAUUUCCAUUUCCUGCGUUUCGAGUUCCUCCAGCGGCUGAACAUUACCAAUAUAGAAGUUGAACUCGCCGAAAUGAAGACUCGUAUGCUUUGCUCGCAGGACAUCGACGCUGAAGAUCUCGAAAACCUGAGGGUUAAACUUGAGCAGUACGCUACUGCACUCCGCGACUACCAGUAUCUCCGCAACAAGACACCCCUCGCCGCAGCCCAACAGACAGACCGCAGGCUGCGUCUCCACAAAUACUUCCACUCGGCCGCCAGCCUCGUCGACCCGUGGAACUCGCAUUACGCCUAUUUCCGGGACGACGACUCCGACCACCACCUGCACGGGGGCUCGUCCAUAGAUCCCCUGAGAACUUUUCUCCGGCAUUAUCUGCCCUCGCGGUUGACCUUCUCGCGGCAUGAGAGGCAUGCGCGCGCCAGAGAGUAUGCCGAGGGCAAGCCGCCGCGGGAGGUGUCGCCCUUUGUGGACAGCCUGGCGCGGUUCGUGAUUGCCAUCGUGGGCGGGGUGGUCCUUGUUGUGCCGAUGAUAGUGAUGAUCUUCCAGCCAUCCCAGACAAAGAGCCUCAUCUCGGUGUCUGUUGCCGUGGUCCUGUUCUCGUUGCUGCUAUCCUUUGGGAUCAAGGUGUCGAACGUGGAGACGCUGGUAUCAACGGCGACCUAUGCCGCCGUGUUGGUCGUGUUUGUGGGGACGAGUUCGGGGGUUGGA